AUGUUGUUUGGUGCAUUUGCCGGUUUAGUCGGGCAGUCUUCUUCUUAUCCUUUGGACAUAGUUAGAAGAAGGAUGCAAACCGGUCGCAUCCAAGCGAGCGAUGGGGUGUUGAAAUCCCUCGUUACAAUCUAUAAAAAUGAAGGCUUAAAACGUGGACUCUAUAAAGGUCUUAGCAUGAAUUGGGUGAAAGGGCCAAUUGCCGUUGGUGUCUCUUUCACAACCUAUGAAUAUCUCAGACAGUUCUUUAUUUCAUAG